AAACUCCCACAAAACGCAGCGGAGGAGGGAGAAAGUGAUUUGCCUCCUCCUGCUUCGUUCCCUCUCCCAUGGCGAUGCGCUCCGUCUUCGACGGCGGAGCCCUACGAACGGAGUUCGAGAGCGCCGGGAUCAGCAUCCACUUCAUCCCCCUCAUUUGGAAGCAUGUGCUCCAAAACCCUGGCUGCGACCUCGACUCCGUCCCCUCCCUCCCUUCUGCGGCAUACCCCCUCCUCAGGUCCAAGUUCCGGGCCAUGACCUCCUCCCUCGCCGCCGCAGUCGACUCCAAGGACCGCGACACCACCAAGCUCCUCAUCCGCCUCCAGAAUGGCGCAUUUGUGGAAGCUGUAAUCAUGAGAUAUGACACGCGGUUGGGGAAGUACAAUGGGAAUCCUCGUCCUGGAGGUGUAAGAUCUACUCUGUGUGUCUCAUCACAGGUGGGGUGCAAAAUGGGUUGUAAAUUUUGUGCUACCGGAACCAUGGGUUUUAAGAACAACCUGUCAACUGGAGAAAUUGUCGAACAGUUAGUCCAUGCACAACAGUUCUCGCGGAUUCGCAAUGUUGUUUUCAUGGGGAUGGGGGAGCCCUUGAACAACUAUAAGGCUUUAGUGGAAGCAGUCGAAAUCAUGACAGGACUCCCUUUUCAGCUGUCACCAAAAAAGAUUACUGUAUCAACUGUUGGGAUCAUACAUGCCAUAAACAAACUCCAUGAUGACCUUCCGAAUGUGAAUCUAGCUGUUUCAAUACAUGCUCCAGAUCAAGAUAUACGUUGUCAGAUAAUGCCUGCUGCUCGAGCUUUUCCUCUAGGAAAGCUCAUGGAUGCAUUACAAACUUAUCAGAAUAACAGCAAACAGACCAUCUUCAUUGAGUACAUCAUGCUUGAUGGGAUCAAUGAUCAGGAGCAGCAUGCACACCAGCUUGGCAAACUUCUAGAAACGCUUAAAGCGGUCGUGAACUUGAUACCUUUCAAUCCAAUCGGCAUAUCGAGUUGUUUCAGAACCAGCAGUGAGCAGAAUGUGAAGAGGUUUCAGAAGAUCUUAAGAGGUGUCUAUAACAUCAGAACGACGGUUCGCCAACAAAUGGGUCAAGACAUAAGUGGGGCUUGCGGCCAGCUGGUAGUCAAUCUCUCCGAACAGAGAUCAGCUGGCGGUGCAUCCCUCUUAACUGACAUCGAAGAUCUUCGUAUCUAAUAUUGCUAUACAAGCAUCGCUUACAAAUUUCAGAUGAAUUCCAUCUUCCUUCAGUCUGUUUUUGUGAGGUGCACAUCUCUCUCCUCGUUCACACUGUUCUUCUGCUUACCUUUCCCCCCAAGUAUAGAGGUGUUAAUUUGACUUGUUAAUAUAGCCGAAGCUUUGUUUGAUUUUGUAAAUGCUAAAUGACAUGAUAGAACUGAUGUUACCAACACUGUCGCCAGCAGUGAGUUUUGGCACACUACAUCACACGUUAAUAUGAGAUAUAAGAAUAGUCCGUACAUGGCUUCUUGUUU